AUGGCGGCCGUGGAACAGGUAAACGAGUUUUACAAGACCGGCGCGAAUGCCGAGACGGACAAAGCAAGAGAAGAAAAGAUUCUCUACAAUGAGCAAGCCACGGACAGCAACGCAAGCGAUUCCGCUGAGGGAUUCACCUGGUCUGAAGAGGAGGAAAAGGCUGUUCGUCGGAAGUUAGACAAGGUCAUCGUACCCUUGACCACCUUCUUGUAUCUAUUGUGUUUUCUGGACCGUGCGAACGUCGGAAAUGCGCGUAUCCAGGGAAUGGCGAAGGACCUGAACUUGGUUGGCGUCCGAUUCAAUUGGGUCACUUCCAUCUUCUACAUCAUCUACAUAUUUGUAGAAGUUCCCAGCAAUAUCCUGUUGAAAAUUAUCGGGCCCAAAUUUUACCUUCCGCUACUGGUAUGCGGCUUCGGUCUCGUUUCCAUGUGCUCGGCGUUCGUCCACAGCUUUGAAGGACUAUUGACUGCUCGCGCUUUCCUUGGAAUAUUCGAGGGAGGUGUCAUGCCUGGUAUUGCCUUCUUCAUCACCUGCUUCUACAAGCGAGAAGAGUUGUUGUUACGUGUUGGCAUUUAUGUCUCGGCAGCGUCCCUUGCCGGUGCCUUCGGCGGUCUCCUUGCUACUGUACUGGCGCGCAUCCCGCCGUGGGGCACGUCGACCAUGAUCAUUCACACAUGGCGAAAUAUCUUCUUUUUUGAAGGUCUCAUCACAAUUAUUGUCGGCCUAGGCGCACCAUUCUUCAUGCCAAAGAGUCCUCAAGAAUGCUGGUUCCUGAACGAACGCGAGCGCCGAAUCGCCGUAGAACGACUAGUCAUGAAGAACGGCGCGGACGAGAAUGAACGAGUCCAACCUCACCACGUUACGAGGUCAUUCUUGAACAUCAACAACUACAUCUGUGCGCUUGGGUUCUUCUUGAUCAACAUUACUGUUCAGGGAAUCUCUCUCUUCCUGCCCACCAUUUUAAGCGACCUUGGCUGGACCGCGACCAAGGCUCAGUUGUACUCAGUCCCUCCCUAUGUUUGUGCUUGUAUCGUUGCUAUCGCAGUUGCUUUCUUCUCCGACAAAGUGAACCGCCGCGGAAUUUUCCUCGCAGCGUUCACGCUUCUCGGCAUAACUGGCUUUGCGAUUCUACGUUGGGCGUCUAAUCCCAACAUUCGGUACAUGGGCGUCUUCUUCAUUACGCUAGGUGCUUUCCCAGGUGGUCCGGGUUUCCUGUCAUGGGCUAUGAACAACGCGGCGGGUCCUGCUAUUCGUGCUGUUUCUGGCGCUUACGUUGUCACACUGGGAACUGCCGGAGGUGUCCUCGCCACAUGGACAUAUGUCGCCAAGGACGCUCCAAAGUACCAUACCGGACAUACCAUCAACCUUGCUGGCCAAGUUGGUGUUUUGUUCCUGUCGCUCGCCGGUAUCGCUUAUUGCAAGUGGGAGAACAGGCAGCGUGACUUAGGCAAGCGCGAUCAUCGUCUCAAUGGCCUCAACGAGGCUCAGAUCAGGGAUCUCGGCUACAGACACCCAGAUUUCCGCUACAUCACUUAA